GUGUUAGAGUGUGUGUGUGUGUGUGUGUGUGUGUGUACACGAAUGCGUGUUUAUGUGUGUCAGCUGGCCAGACGGGAAAUGCGCCUGCCUCAGCGGCUGCUACUCCACACUGUAAGAGCAGAGAGCAGGGACGAAGCAGGGAGCGAGGAAACGAGUGGUAGAGUAUGGCCCUCGCCAAAUAAAGCCAUGGGGGCCUGGGGUGGGAUGGCCCUUACUACACUAUAAAUACGCUGGGCUUCUGCCGAUUCGGGUUUGGUGCCUGGAGCUGUGUAGCAGCAAGUGCACCGGCCCAGCUCAGGAGAAUCUCAUCCACACUCAGGCCUUCAGCCAUGCCACGAGUGGACGCCGACCUCAAACUGGACUUUAAAGAUGUCCUGUUGAGACCAAAGAGGAGCAGCCUAAAGAGCAGGUCUGAGGUGGACCUGCAGAGGACUUUCACAUUCCGCAACUCAAAGCAAACAUACAAUGGCAUCCCGAUCAUCGCUGCUAACAUGGACACCACAGGUACUUUUGAGAUGGCCCAGGUAAUGAGCAAGCAUACACUCUUCACCACCAUCCACAAGCAUUACACUCUGGAAGAAUGGAAGACAUUUGCAUCCAAUCACCCAGAGUGCCUAGAGCAUGUGGCUGCGAGCUCAGGCAGUGGGCAGGCAGAUCUGGAGAAACUGUGCAGCAUUCUGGAAGCCAUUCCACUCAUUAAGUACAUCUGCCUGGAUGUGGCCAAUGGAUAUUCCGAGCACUUUGUGGAGUUCGUCAAAACAGUCCGGGGGAAGUUCCCUAACCACACUAUUCUUGCUGGAAAUGUGGUGACGGGAGAGAUGGUGGAGGAGCUCAUUCUGUCUGGAGCCGACAUCAUCAAAGUGGGCAUCGGACCGGGUUCUGUAUGCACCACCCGCAUCAAGACUGGAGUGGGCUACCCUCAGUUAAGUGCUGUUAUUGAGUGUGCAGACUCUGCUCAUGGACUGAAAGGGCACAUCAUCUCUGAUGGAGGCUGCAGUUGCCCAGGAGAUGUUGCCAAGGCCUUUGGCGCAGGGGCAGAUUUCGUCAUGCUAGGAGGAAUGCUAGCAGGGCAUGACCAAUGUGCCGGUGAAGUCAUCGAAAAGGAUGGAAAGAAGUUUAAGCUGUUCUAUGGCAUGAGCUCAGAUACAGCCAUGAAGAAAUAUGUUGGUGGUGUGGCAGAAUACAGGGCGUCUGAGGGCCGGACCGUGCAAGUGCCGUAUAAAGGUGACGUGGAGGACACCAUCAGAGACAUCUUGGGCGGGCUGCGCUCCACCUGCACAUACGUAGGAGCAGCCAAACUCAAAGAGCUGAGCCGCAGGACCACGUUCAUCAGAGUUACACAGCAGUCGAGCCAAAUGUUCACCUAAAGCCAUGAAGUACAUUCAGACACUCACAAACGAAACAAAUGUAGCACUCAGAGCAGUAGAGCAAAGCACUCUGAGACAUAUUUAUACAUGCAAAAGUACCUCAUUGGGUCAGAUUCAUGCGUGUACCUUGGGUACAAGUGGUUGCUGACUUCAUACAUGUGUAUUUCAUACAGUCACACAAACUCGAAACAAUGCCAGAGAUUUUUUUUAUUUCGCUCAGGAGCCAUGCUGUAGUGCUUGUGAAAACAGCUCAUUUACAGCACAAGCAUGAUUCAGCCUGUUGUUAAUAUAAGCCUUUAAGCUCUCCAAAUAUAGAGGGUGCAAUGAUGAUGAGGUUCCAAGUAUGAAGGAGGUUGAAUAGGGCCUCAACAAAUUAGCAUUUGGGAAAAGAGAUUUGUGAAUUUAUUCAAUAAAACUAUGCAACUAUGUUACCACUGAAAGGAUUUGAGCCAGCAUGAGGCGUAAGAUGAAUAAAUAAAAGGACAACACGUUCUCCUCAUACAGUAACAAUACUAUGUUGCCCAUGUGAAAGAUUGUUUGCAAAUGUGCUAAUAUUGGUGUAUGGUGUAACGUUGACUUGAUUGGAACAGAGACUUGUGCACAGCAUACUGUACUAUUUCUGUUAGCCUGCCUGCUUCUUGAAUGUACACUGGUUUUUGGCAGGAUGUAGCUUCAGACCAGAGGAAUGUGAAAGGCCUCGGUGCCUAACGUCCUGUUCAUUUAGUGUCACACUGUAACUCAGAGUAAUAAAGGGAUCUAAAUGAA